UUUCCAGGCUGAACGAGAACAAGUGAGCCAGGGAAUUAGUGUAGCAUAGAAGUGCUGCCCUCCAUUUAUCCUUUUUUUUUAACUUGUCUUUCUCUUACUGCUGAUCCCUCCUUUCACUGUGCGGUUCUUUAAGCACGGCAGACUGGGAUGGGUUGUGGAAAUUCCUCUGCCACUAAUACCACAGCGGGAGGUCCUGCAGAGGCUGCGAAAGAUGUGACAGAAGAUCCGUCACAAGAUGACGAGAAAAGAAGGAACUAUGGUGGGGUGUAUGUAGGACUUCCCACAGAAAUGAACACAGUGAUGGCCAGUCAGUCGAAGUCGACCACGCGGAAAGACUAGCAAAUUCGAAACAGGGCAACAAGAAAGCGCACUACAUGUGAAUAUCUGUAGAAGGAGUUUCCUUGGACCACAAUAGACACCGAAUAUGAUUUCUGUGUGGUUCUGCAAGAUGUGUGUGACUGUCCAAUGGGAUUCAAUUUGUGUGGGAACCAUCGGUCUGUGAGUUUGUCGAUGACCUGGGUUGAAAGACACUUCUUGGAAAAGGGAACAAGAGAAGACCCGGAUGUUGUAACGGCACUGGAGCCAAGAUGGCAUCUGUAGCUCAGGAACAAGCCAAGUUCAACCGUUAUGAAGGCAUGUCAACACUUGGACCUCGGCUCAAACUCUGCAAUAAAGGACUAAUCUGCAUUUAGGCUUUAAUGUGAGCCACCGUUGCUAUAAUGAAGCCAUUGAAACACUCAUACAUGUUAAUCAGAGGAUUACCGUUGUCAUUUUCACCGUAUGUAGUCCAGUGCUCAGUCUGACAUUAUGUAGGUGCAGACAAAGCUGUUCAACUAACUCACCAUCACCAUCACUCAUGACCAUAUUAACACAGAAUUAAUAUAUCACACUCCUCAUGUGCUAUGUUACUAGAUGCAGUGCAAAUUAGCUCUACUGGGAUGAAUUUGUAGUGGCCUUUAUAUUUGUGACCCGUCAUAUCAAGUCACACAGGUUAGUGUUGUGUUGUGGCCGAUAGAAUGCAGUAGGUGAAGCUGAUCAAAUUGUCAAUUUUGAUAAAUACAUUCUAUUCCUCAACCUUCAAAAGAAUUGAGAAAUUUUUUUAUUUUAAAUAUUGUUUUUUUUUACAAUAAAUUGGUGCUACUGGUGAAUUUAUGUUUAGGGGUAGGAGAGAAAGCAGGAUUCACUCUUUCUAACUACGUCCUCGACUCAUCGAUUCAUUUUCUCUCAUUAAUCUAAAAGAAGGAUUUCAAUGGUGUAUCUGAGGUCCUCUGCAUAAACAAACUCACUACUGGCCAUGACACAGUAAAGAACUUGGUAUCAAGAUGCUGAACCAAGAAUCUGAAAAUAUGCAUAACUCAAAUCCCCCCAAAUGCACCUUAAUACCUGACUUGAUGUGACAGGGCCACAUUUAGUUUGCUAUAUUUUAUGUAAUUUCAAGUACAAUUACUUGUAAGUGC